AUGGCCACGGACUUAGCACUGAUGUGCAUGAAAGAGCUAUCGAGCAUGCUGAAUACAUUCGUGGAGUUUUAUGGCGAGGGGACGCGGGAGCUGUCUGUGGCGGACAGGGCGACAGUUGCAAACAUGUUGUCGGAGUUUGGGGCGACCAUGGGGUUCUUUCCGGUGGACUCGGUGAUGCUGCAGCACCUGAGGCUGCUUUCCUUCUCCAGUUCUCCCCUCCCCCACACCCCUCAAACCCCCCUUCCUCCGUCCUUCUCUCAUUGCCUCUGCGAGAGGAGCCUCUGCGCGGUCAAGGCGAAGGCUCUGGCGUCAGCAGAGCCGAAGGAGCGCCAUAGGCCGAACAGACCAAGGGCUGUAGCGGCAGCAGCAGGGCAGCAGGGCAGCAGGCCAGCAGAGCGCGUGGCGCACAGCAGGGCUGCAGGACGCGCGGGGCGCGCAGGGCACGCAGGGCAGCAGGUCAGCAAGGCGCGCGGGGCACGCAUGGCUGCAGGGUGCGCGGGGCGCACAGGGCAGCAGGGCAGCAGGGCGCACAGGGCUGCAUGGCAGCAGGGCGCACAGGGCUGCAGGGCAGCAGGGCGCGCGGGGCGCGCAGGGCUGCAGGGCGCGCAGGGCAGCAGGACAGCAGGGCGCGCGGGGCGUGCAGGGCUGCAGGGCACUCGGGGCGCACAGGGCAGCAGGGUAGCAGGGCGCACAGGGCUGCAGGGCAGCAGGGCGCACAGGGCAGCAGGACAGCAGGGCGCGCGGGGCACGCAGGGCUGCAGGGCGCGCAGGGCAGCAGGACAGCAGGGCGCGCGGGGCGCGCAGGGCUGCAGGGCGCUCGGGGCGCAUAGGGCAGCAGGGCAGCAGGGCGCACAGGGCUGCAGAGAAGCAGGGCGCACAGGGCAGCAGGACAGCAGGGCGCGCGGGGCGCGCAGGGCUGCAGGGCGCUCGGGGCGCACAGUGCAGCAGGGCAGCAGGGCGCACAGGGCGCACAGGGCAGCAGGGCACACAGGGCAGCAGGACAGCAGGGCGCGCGGGGCGCGCAGGGCUGCAGGGCGCGCGGGGCGCACAGGGCAGCAGGGCAACAGGGCGCACAGGGCUGCAGGGCAGCAGGGCGCGCGGGGCGCAGUAGGGCUGCAGAGCGCGCGGGGCGCACAGGGCAGCAGGGCGCGCAGGGUACACAGGGCAGCAGGGAGAGAGAGAGGAGAAAGGGGGGGGGGGGGGCUGAUGCUGCAAAUCCCCUCCCCCCCACUGUUGCUCCACUAUCCGUCACCCCCCAAGGAUGAAGGAGAAGGGGGGGGACGGGGGGGGGUUGGUGCUGCAGGUCCCCUCCCCCCCACUGCUGCACCCGCAGCAGGGGGAGGGAUGGAGGAGAAAGGGGGGGCGGGGGGGGCUGGUGCUGGGCUAGGUACGGGCCGGGCGCGGGCUAGGUACGGGCUGGGCGCGGGCUAG